CUGACACUUCCUCAGCGUGUGUAGACAGUAUUUAAGCUGGGAAACAGAAGUUGUUUGCUGCCAACUUGCCUCUUGUUUUAUCAGAAGGGUUCACACUGUGUGCUUUGUGCAGAAAUCAUUCAAGCCAUUCUGUUUUGUUUGAGACAAGGGCAAAACAAAGACACCACUUGGACACUUUAUUAAACAUCAUUAAUUUUAAACUUUUUUCUUUUCGGGCAAUAGUUCUAAAGUGUUAGACUUGGGACAGUUGUACAACUCCAAGCUUUUGCACCUACUAUGAAUACCAGCAUCUUGUCUGUGUUAAUUCUAGUUAUUUUGGUGGGAGUUAACUGCGGAUUUCGGCCACGAGGCUCAUUUCACAGUGAUGAUGGAGGCUGGGAUCCAGAUAACUGGAUGAAAUGGAUCCGCAACUCUGAGCGCCGUGAUCGUGAACGAGGAAACAGAGGGAACAGAGGGGAACAGCCAGGAGAGUUGGACGAGGAUGAACUUGCACCAGAACUUUUUAUACCUACAAUAGAACCGCUGCCUUCUACUUCAGAACCAGAUGUGAACUUCAACAUUAAAGUUGGUGGACUUAACCUGGGAUGGGAUGGUAUUUUUUCACAACAUGAAGGGAAAUGGCCAAAUAUCUUUAGAAGAAUAUUUAGUGGUCCACCAAAACCCUGGUGGAAAGGACCUAAUGUGUGUGUGACCAGAGAAGAGAGGAAUGAGACUGUUCCAGGUAUUGUGACUCACCAUCGAGUGUUUGCCAACUCCUACUGUGACGAAACAGAAACAUCAUACAAGUGCACUACAGACGUCACAGUCUACGGUAUCAAGAGGUCAUUUGUUGUUACCUAUGAAUGUUGCCAUGGUUUUGAAAAACCAGCAGGGGCAUCUGGAUGCACUAAGAAAUUAGUACUGAAGAACUUGGUGGAGACUGCCAGAGAUCUGGACUCAGAUGAGUUCUUAAGGGCUGUGGACAGUGUUGGUCUAACAGAUACCUUGAAAGUUGAAAAUCUAACAUUGUUUGUACCAACCAAUGAGGCUAUCAAGGCAUACCUGGAGAAAGACUCACAGAAGCUUCUCCCUGGUGUUAUAUUAGUGGACGGGACCCUUGCAGAGAUGGCCAGUGACCUGCGGGCAGUACUUGAGGGCCAUGUGGUGCCUGGCUUCCUGAAAUCAAGCAACUUCACUGAUGAGAACCUUAUCAGUACAGUGCUGCCACCUGUCAAGUUAAGGACCAACCUUUAUGAUGUGCCACGCAGGUUAACCACCAUCAACUGUGCCAAGGUGCUGUCAUCUGACCACCAAGCCAUCAAUGGGGUCAUUCACAAAGUGGACAGGGUCCUGAAGCCAGCCACAGAUACUGUUAUGGAUAUUGUUAGCAAGAACCCAGAACUUAGCUCACUCAAGACAGUCCUUGGCAGUGCUGGUCUGGUGUCCACUUUGAAGACUCCUGGUCAGUUUACCCUAUUUGCACCAACCAAUGCCGCCUUUGCCAAGCUGCCCCCUUCAGCCAGAGAGAAACUCAUGAAAGGGGAGAACUGUUUGAAAAAUGUCCUGAAGCACCAUGUCCUGUCCAAUGUCAUCUGCUCUGGCAUAAUGCAGGGGAAGAUCAAAACACGUAAUAUAAUGGAUGACUUUGUCAACAUCACUCGAGAUGAGAAUGGCAAGGUGUUUGUGGAUGGCACAGCUCAAGUGGUGGCCACUGACAUCAUGGGGAGUAAUGGAGUGGUGCAUAUCAUUGAUGCUGUAAUUGUGCCAGACUCUGGUAUAUUUGGUUUAACCACCAUCAACUGUGCCAAGGUGCUGUCAUCUGACCACCAAGCCAUCAAUGGGGUCAUUCACAAAGUGGACAGGGUCCUGAAGCCAGCCACAGAUACUGUUAUGGAUAUUGUUAGCAAGAACCCAGAACUUAGCUCACUCAAGACAGUCCUUGGCAGUGCUGGUCUGGUGUCCACUUUGAAGACUCCUGGUCAGUUUACCCUAUUUGCACCAACCAAUGCCGCCUUUGCCAAGCUGCCCCCUUCAGCCAGAGAGAAACUCAUGAAAGGGGAGAACUGUUUGAAAAAUGUCCUGAAGCACCAUGUCCUGUCCAAUGUCAUCUGCUCUGGCAUAAUGCAGGGGAAGAUCAAAACACGUAAUAUAAUGGAUGACUUUGUCAACAUCACUCGAGAUGAGAAUGGCAAGGUGUUUGUGGAUGGCACAGCUCAAGUGGUGGCCACUGACAUCAUGGGGAGUAAUGGAGUGGUGCAUAUCAUUGAUGCUGUAAUUGUGCCAGACUCUGGCUUGAGUGUGCUAGAUGUGUUAGAGAAGCAAGGUGCUUCACAACUAAAACAACUGGUUGAAAGUGCAGGCCUUGCAGCAGAUUUGGAGAGGCUGACCAAUUUCACCCUCUUUGCUCCAACUGAUGAAGCUAUUCAGAAACUUCCCAGAGAUGUCAAAGAAAACCUGCAGCGUGACAGGUCUGCCUUGAGGCAGCUGCUGAGAUACCAUGUGGUCACACCUCGCUUGGGUUGUGCUGACCUGAGAGGUGGCCAGAAUGUUACCACCGUUGACCACACUCCAGAAGUGCCCAGCACCAUACAGAUUGGAGAGUAUGCUGCGUUUCCAUUUGGUGGGGCCUACACAAAGACAGCCCAGUGUGCACCCAUUGCAAAGACUGACCUCUCUGCUUGCAAUGGUGUCGUCCACUUGCUUGACCAGGUAAUGACACCUCCCAAAGAGGACAUGUUCUCCUUCCUCCAAAAAGAUGCCCAAUACAGUCGCCUGGUGCAGCUGAUCACUAGAGCUGGUUUAGAGGAUACUUUGAGAAGAGGUCAGCUGACCAUCUUUGCCCCAACCAAUCAGGCUUUGCGAUAUGUUGACGGAGACUUGCUGGAGGACCCUGAGGAACUGAAAGCUCUUAUUCAGCGCCAUGUUUUGCCAGAGGUUCUGUGUUGUGCUGGCAUCUACAAAAGGAGUUUCUUUCUUCGCCAGCAGGUGGAGACACUGGGUGGCUCCUCCCUUAACUUAAAUCGUAAUCGCAACGGCACACCAGUUGUGGAGGAUUCUUACAUCACAUCAUGUGAUCAGUCAGCAACCAAUGGGGUGAUUCAUACUAUUGACCGUGUGCUCACCAAAAGGAGUUCUGGUUGGCUUGGGAAAAAAUAGGAAAAAUAUGGCUGGUG